UUAUAUAACAGUAACGAUGAUAUAGUAUUCUGUCUUCAUAGGUAAAGAGCUUUGUACUAAGAAAUGCGGGAACAAAGUGAGUGAUUAAUGUUACCGAGUAGAGCUCUCAGAAUCGAAUGGCCAUGGACAGCCCAGGCCAUGGGGAAGUAUGUCCUAGGUAGCAAACCCCUGUGUGGGUGCAAGUGUUGUCCUUAUCAACAGCAUCCCAGGCUGAGGAAGAAACAAAGUAUCCCGGAGUUGCGUGAGGGACCAGAGCACCUUCACUCUUCUCCUGCUCUGGGAAAGCCUGAUGGGUUGGACUGGUCCCUUCCCAGGUGAUAGUGAAGAACCUGUCUUCAGGGACCAGGGUGGUGCUCAAGUCCCACUAUGGCUAUGAGGUAGAAGAGGUGAAGAUCCUGGGGAAGGAACGGUACUUGGUGGCUCACACAUCGGACACGCUGCUGCUCAGAGACUUGAACACCAAUGGUCUCAGUGAGAUAGCCUGGCAGGGAUCUGGUGGCAAUGAGAAAUAUUUCUUUGAAAAUGAGAAUGAGUGCAUGAUCUUCAGUGCUGGAGAGCUUACCCUGGUGGAAUAUGGGAGUAAUGACUCCUUGGGUUCUGUACGCACUGAAUUCAUGAACCCUCACCUCAUCAGCGUCCGUAUCAAUGAGAGGUGCCAGCGAGGAAUGGAAGAUAAUAAGAAACUGGCUUAUCUUGUUGAUAUUAAGACUAUUGCUAUAGUGGAUCUUAUUGGCGGCUACAGCAUUGGUACUAUCAGUCACGAGAGCCAUGUGGAUUGGCUGGAACUUAAUGAGACUGGGCACAAGCUUCUCUUCAGGGAUCAGAAACUUCGUGUGAGAGGGGUUACUAGGGUUUUGGGCCUGGGCUGGUCCACAAGUUGUUACCAGGGAUUGUGGGGGCAAUGAAGGACAUAAGUUCUUGGUC